AUGAAGGCGCAGUUCGAUAAGCUCGCUGAAAACCACCGGAAGUUGAUGUGGGAGUACCUUCCAGCGCGUGACCCAAGCCUGCGAGCCAUUCCCCGUCUAACGACGCAGCUACCGGAGACACCAACAGCAGUCGGGAAGUACCCGUUAGAGCAAGUUCUGGGCUACGGUCAGUACGCGGUUGUGUACACUUCAAGCACUCUCGAGCGACCACAGCUAGCGAUCAAGGCAAUCGACAAGCAGAAGCUGAUUGAUCUCGUCUCGCUGCAUCGUAUCAGCUCCGAAAUCGCUUCACUGAGCGAUCCUGCCAUUCGACACGUAGGCGUCCUGGAGCUGGUUGACGUCAUCCAUACGCGCAAACAUAUCUACUUGGUGACGGAGCGUGGAGGGAAGGACUUGUUCGAGUUCUUUGGGGCGCAUCUGGAUGGGGUGACAGAGGACACGAUUCGUCCGCUGUUCCUACACCUCGCGCAGGCACUGGAAGUUUUACAUCGCAGCAACUACUGCCACCGAGACUUGAAGCCGGAAAAUGUCCUGUAUUCGCCUGAUGAUGCGCACCUGGUCAAGAUUAUCGACUUUGGUCUGUGUACUAAGGCUACAUCUGCGCUCCACGAUUUCUGUGGUAGCCCCGGCUUCUUUGCUCCCGAAUUGCUGCUGCAUGAAAGCUACGACGGGCUCAAGGCGGAUAUCUGGAGCAUCGGGUGCAUCUUGCUUGAGGUACGUUCCGAACUAUGA